GAAUAAGCUAAGAAGAAAAAGUUGAAUAUUGAUUAAAAUUUCUGCAAAAAAAUAUAUAUAUGUAAUUAUAUAUUGUAAAUGUCUUUAAUUUAAGUGAUAUAAAUCAAAUAUUUGUGUAACGUUUAAUAUUUUAAUACGCGUCGAAGUACAACGAGUGAAGCUAAUCGCACACAAAGAAAAACGAGAAGCAAAAGCACCAAUUACAAUAAAAAAAAAUUAACGCAAAAGCAAAACUUUUCUUGUGUGGCACAACUACUGGAUUGCGAUUGCCCAUGGUCGUCGUGUACUUUGCGAAAAUAAAACACUAAAUUCUAAAGAAAACAACGUUAAGCAAAACCGAAUCAGAAUCAGUUAAAAGUGUGAUUUUUUUGAGCCUUUGUCUGUAAGUGAGAGGAGAAAGCUUUAAGCGGAAUCCCUUUAAGCAAACAUCCCGUCGCCAUUUUGAAAGUGAUUUUACAUACAUACAAAUACAAAUAUAUAUACGUACACAUACACACACAUAACCACUAGAGAAAAUCGACAACAAAAACAAUUCACAAUUCCCCCUAUAGAAUACCUAUCACAAAAACAAAUUUAAUUGAACUGGCAACAGUGAAAACAAGGCAACUCUUAAAUAUAAAUGCAAAUAAUUUGUAAUAAUCAGUAUAACAAAAGUGGCAAAGAAAAAACCCCCCGUAGCUGCAAAGCAAUCAAUAACUGCGACACACAUACAGUCGUCUUUUUCACUCCCAUACUGCGUCACCAAAGCAGCGAGUGUGCGAGCGAGCUAGACUGCAGCAACAACAACAAUAUUGGUGUGAAAAGGUUUACAACUCAAAGACCCGGGACCCCGGCUUGGAUGUCAGCUACGACGAUAAGGCAAGAGAAAAAAGCACGAGUAAGAGAGAGUUUGGAAAAUUAGCGCUAAGAAGGAUAGCCUAACAAAACAGAGAUAAAUCAACAGACUGAUAAACAAUACAUAAAGUUAAACUAUAUAAAGUAUAUAACUAAAACUGUACAUACAAAACGAGACGCAAACCGAACGCAGCUACAACAACAAGAAGACGAAUACAAUUAGGAACUACGUGAGCAGCCGCCCGUUAUCCGCUACUGUGAGAUUGAGCGAUAAGAGUAGGAGAAGAAGAGAGUCCGGUAACAUCGUCACAGUGCAUCAAAUAGGCGAGGACAACGGUGACGGAGAGAGGUGAGGAGGAGCACAGGCAGCGACGUAGUAGCAGCUUCGCGUUUGAUAUCGAUAAAUAAAAACAAAACAAAAAUAUUGAUUUUAAGUGCGUGUGAUAUUUAACGUUAAGCAUUAAUUUAGCGAAUAACCAAAAACAAAAAAGGCAAAAAAGCAGAAAUUUUAACAAAUAAUCGAGCGAAUAGAGCGAGCGAGAGAGAGAGAGAGAGAUAGCGAGAGAGAGAGUAAGAGCGAGAGUGCGCUUUGGGUAAAGCUCAGUUUAUAUUGAAGAAACAACAGCAUCAGCAGCAGUGUUGGAAAAGCUUUUGACAGUGAAAGCAACGGAAAACAAGAAAUUACUAUGACAUACUCGCACAAUAGUGUUAGAAACAACAUUAAAAUGACAACGGCAUCAGCAGCAAAGUCCAUACGCUUGAAAAAGGGCGCCACAACCCCACCACCGGCAACAACAACAACAGCAACAACAACCACAACAUCAAUAGAAACCGCAACACCUACGGUAACUGCACAUUCCAACAGUAUUGCCAGCAGUACAAACUUCAACAAUCAGCACUUCCAUCAGCAAGCUUUAAGCACAUCACCCACCCACUGCGCCCCCACCACGCCCAACAAUCGCAUGCAGCAGCAGCAGCAACAACAACAACGUCUGCAGAGCCAAUCCGCUGGCGCCAAUCAGCGUAGCCGCCAGCAGCGUCAGUCGCCGCAGCAGGCCGUCGUAGGCGGCGGUUUCUUCUUUGCGAAUAACAGCAGGCGCAAUGGCGGCGGCGGCGGUGGUCGCUCGCCUCAGUCGGCGGCGGCAGCAGCAGCAGCAGGAACAACAACAAGCAGCAGCAGCUUGGUGCGCCAAUCGCCGGCUACCAUUUUGGGCGGCGGCUUCUCGCCGUCUGCUUUUGGCUCGGCACGCAAGCAACGCCGCAGUCCAACAACAACACCUUGCUUUGGUGUGGGCGGCAAAAUAUCGCCACAGCAUCCACUGAUACCCACCGCCUUGACGCAUUUUGCUGGCAGCAAGUGCUUUGACGCACCGGCACCAACGGCACUGCCCAAGCCGCCGCAGCACUGGACGCUCUCCAAGUCCGAGGAGAAAUUGGUGGCCAGCAGUGCUGGUCCCGCCUUGCAGAGCCUGUUGCGCGGCGACAGAUGCAGCGCGUCCAAAUUGAGCCUAAACGGCGGCGGCGGCGGCGGCUACGUGGUUAAAUCAUCCAAGCGCAAUCUUCUGGAUGAAUUUGAUACGCACAAUCUGAAGCUGUUGCUGAACGUGCAGUCCUAACGCAGGAACAACAUUUGCAACAACAAACGCAGCGAAAUGGCAACCACAAUAAACUGAACAUGGAGGACCCAAAACACGGAUGACCGUCAAUGACUGGCAAAUAAAAGAGGAAAAAAUUAAAGAAAAAAAAAUUACAAAAAAAAAAAAUCAAAAAUAUA